UGUUUGCAGUGUAUUUGAUGGCAUCUCAUGUGCAAAUGCUCCGUCUUGUGUUCAAUCUAUUGAAGUGAAACUUGACUGUUACAGUUUUAUCUUAAAUCAUGAUUAGAUAGUUUACUGAAAACAGCUCCUCUACUCCUGAUAACCCUUUACUUUUCAUAUUUUUCCUCCAUGUUUAGCACAGGUAUAUGAGCCUCCCUUGGUUAAUCUAUUUGGAUUGUCAUAUUUAUGGACGUGUAUUCAGCUCAUUUUCGGUCACUGACACUGUCUUCAUGACUUACAGCGUUUUCAGGUGCAAAUGGGAAGCCAGGAGUUAACUUUUGGGCUGUUGUAGCACAAAGACCUCUGAUCCAUCAAAAGCACAUACCAGACGAGACAAUGUCCAUCUGGCAGCUUCUCAUUGUCUGUCAUGACAGAUGGUAUUUCAUCACGUCAACACAUCAUGUUAAUGUCACGUGCUGCUGUUACAGUAGAUCACGGGAGCGUCACUAAAUUGGGUUCUUCAUUUUUUUUUAGCUAUUUGUCUCUUCGUCCCGCUGUAUAGCAGAGAUGCCAUGAUAACUGUCAAGGAGAUGGAAUCUGAAAACUUCAUUGUCCUUAUUUCGAUAUUGAUUUUUCUUGUGAUUUCUGGUCCAUGGAUUUAAAACCGAUAAUACAACAUUUUCGCUAGAAAAUCAAGUGAAGCAUGGGUGACUGGAGUUUUCUGGGGCGGCUGCUGGAGAAUGCUCAGGAACACUCCACUGUGAUUGGAAAGGUUUGGCUGACUGUCCUCUUCAUCUUCCGCAUCUUGGUGCUUGGCGCAGCAGCUGAAGAAGUCUGGGGUGACGAGCAGUCGGACUUCACCUGUAACACACAACAGCCCGGUUGCGAGAACGUCUGCUACGACGAGGCCUUCCCCAUCUCACAUAUCCGCUUCUGGGUGCUGCAAAUCAUCUUCGUCUCAACGCCCACCCUGAUCUACCUGGGCCAUGUGCUGCACAUAGUCCGCAUGGAGGAGAAGAGGAGGGAGAGGGAGGAGGAGCUCCGAAAGAUGGGGCAACACCAGGAAGAUCAUGACCCCCUCUAUCACAAUAGGAUCGGUGAUGGAGGAGGCGGUAAAAAGGAGAAGCCACCUAUUCGGGAUGAGCACGGGAAGAUCCGGAUCCGUGGGGCGUUGCUGAAGACAUACAUCUUCAACAUCAUCUUCAAAACUCUGUUUGAGGUGGGCUUCAUCCUGGGACAGUACUUCCUCUAUGGCUUCUACCUGAAGCCACUCUAUAAAUGUCGCCGCUGGCCCUGCCCCAAUACAGUGGACUGCUUCAUCUCCAGGCCCACAGAAAAGACCAUCUUCAUCAUCUUCAUGCUGGUGGUUGCCUGUGUCUCCCUGGUCCUCAACCUGCUGGAGAUCUACCACCUGGGCUGGAAGAAAGUCAAACAGGGCGUCACCAACGAGUUUGUACCUGACAGCGAGUCGCUGCCGUUGAGCAGGAAGGACCCCAGCGACCCGGACCCGAUUCCUGAGCGGAAAUCUCCAUUGAUGCUCGACUGUUUGCCGGUGUACGCCACUGUGAGCAUUGUGGGGGGCGGAGCCUGCUGUCCAGAAGAAGCCUCAAACACAAUAAUUACUUCAAACCCAAACAUGGCUGUCACCCCUGUGCCAGCCGACGUCAAGAGGGAUGGCACAGAUUUCCACCCAGAUGACUUCCUGUCUGCUUCGUUUUAUGGUGGCAGAGACAAUAUGAGCAUCGGAAGCCAGGGGCAGCUGACUGCUCUGGAGCAGAACUGGAACAACAUGGCACUGGAGCUCUACAAUCAGAAUGGAAAGUGCUCCCCCUCCUCCUCCCCCUCCUCCACCUCCUCCUCAUCUUCCUCAUCCUCCACUCCUCAGGAGGAGGCGACCCUAACACCGGAAGAAGAACGCUCCAUGUUUCCUACACUCCCUCGUAAUACCCCUCUUUACUCCCUCAUGCAGGAGGAGACAGCGGUGGAAGGGGAAAACGCUGUGACCACAGCACCUGGUCUGCUCCCACAUGAUGACUUUACCAUGGUCACCUGGGCACAGAUGCAUCAGCCUCCAUCUGCUGCAGCGUCCGACGUCUGGAAGUCCAGCCGCGCCAAUAAGAGCAGCAGCGUCAGAGCUCGACCUGAUGACCUGGCAGUGUAGCUAAAACACACACACACACACACGUAUACGCAAUCUGACGUACACACUGUAUACGCAGGAAAUCUACACAACCGCAGCACACAAAAGACUGAUGCUCUGCCAGGCAGAUGAUAAACAGGUGGCUGCUGAUCUCAGAUUUAUGAAGCAGAAAUAGGAAAGAGCAGGAGUUUGGCCAGAUUACACUGAGUGAGUUCCCUCUGCUGAAGCUCUGUUUACCAAUCAGUAGUGAUAUGUCAACUUUGAAAACAUUAGUUUUUAUCGUUUCCCUACAUUUUAAAAUGAAGUCAAUUUCACUCAUUUAAAUGCAAGCGUUCAUUCAGUGUCAAAAUGGCUGCAAAGCCACCACGACUAACUAAAAAAAGAAGAGGAAAGAAUCCUUUCAUUUAUGUAGCAUGUUUCAUUUACAUCAGAGGAGAGGUUUGCACUUUUGUUUUAUUUUAUCUUGUGUCAGGAAGCUGCGUGUCUGAAUCAGUGAGUCUGUGUUUGUUUCAAUGAAGAGAGGGAUGUACUCAUCAGUCCCACCCUGUGCAUGUGUGGGUGUGUGUGUACUUGUAUUUAUAACUUUGUGAGGCUCAAAAAACAUAAAUCUAUCUUUGUGGGGACAUUUUAUUUGGGCCACAAAACUUUAUAGACCUGUUUUUAGGGUUAGGGAUUGAGUAAGAGUUAGGGUUAAACACUUAGAUGUGAUGGUUAAGGUUAGGUUUAAGGGCUAGGUAAUGCAUUAUGUCCCUGAUGCGUCCUCACUAAGACAUAAAAACAAGUUGAAUACCCUCGUUUCAGUGUUUGCCAAAUAACAUCUCUGCCGUUACAUCAGUUUCAACAUUAUAAAGUUCCUUAACAAGUGUGUGUGAUCAAUGUUGAUAGACUCUUCACAGAACUACUUCUGGAUCAAGCUGCAAGAAAACCUUAAGGAACCAUAGGGAAACCUUCAAGUGCUUGUACUGGUCACUUUAUGCAAAAAAAAAAAAAAAAAAAAAAAAAAGUUAGAAAAGUUCAUGCAAAUAAAGAAUAAUACAUAUUCAAGCUAUAAGCAAAUUCUUUCUUUGUUGAGCAAUGUGUAGCUUUGCAGCUUGAACAGAGCAUAAAUCAGUACACUUUCCUUCUGAUGCUUGUGUUUGCAGUGUGUAACAGGACUGUCGGGUUCUACAAGGUGUUCUGUUUUGAGGACUCUAAGUUCAUUUUCGAGACGAGUUGCUGAACAUACAGUAGCUUGUAGACUUUAAAAAAACAAGAGCAGUAUAAUUGAAGAAAUUGAUUUUAUAGUUACUUCUUCAUAGAUAUCCCCCAAUAGGAUGUUCAUUUUUCCUCUUCUUUAAUUCCUGCCAAAAAAAACCCAAAACAACUCAAUAACAAAAAUGAAAAUGCCUCACAGCAGCCUGUUUUCUUCAACAUUAGUCAAACAAUCCUUGCUGAUAAUGUGUUAAUACCUCACACAACAACAAAUCAAAGAAAUCUAAAGUGUCCCUAUAAGUUUUGCCAAGCAGCAAUUAUCAAAAAAGUGCCAAACAACUGAGGAGGAAUCAGGAUUUAUUACCUGCUCUCCAAUGUUUACAUGUCGCAGAUCAAAGUGAACAACUUCAGCACAUCAAGGCAGCAGAAGUGCUUCAUCUGUUUUUAGAAAAAUAAUGUUAUCAGCUGUGAUGGGAAUGAUUUUACCAAUGAUUAAAACAAAACGAGAGAGAUUUGUGCUAAACCACACACUGAUUUAUUUAUUUAGAGAGAACAAAUUACAUUAUGUCAAAUGUUUU